CUUCCACAUCCCUAUCAUGGAGGCUGUGUACCUGGUAGUGAAUGGGAUGGGCCUGGUGCUGGACCUGCUGACCUUCGUGUUGGACCUCAACUUCCUGCUGGUGUCCUCCCUUCUGGCUUCCCUGGCGUGGCUGCUGGCCUUCAUCUAUAACCUGCCACACACGGUACUGACUAGUCUUCUGCACUUGGGCCGCGGAGUCCUGCUUUCACUGCUGGCCUUGAUUGAAGCCUUGGUCCGGUUCACCUUUGGGGGCUUGCAGGCCUUGUGUACCUUGCUGUACAGCUGCUGCUCCGGACUGGAGAGCCUAAAGCUUCUGGGGCACCUGGCCUCUCACGGGGCGCUGAGGAGCCGGGAGAUACUGCACCGAGGUGUCCUCAAUGUGGUCUCCAAUGGCCAUGCUCUGCUGCGCCAGGCCUGUGACAUCUGUGCCAUCGCCAUGAGCCUGGUGGCCUAUGUGGUCAACAGCCUGGUCAACAUCUGCCUCAUUGGCACUCAGAACCUCUUCUCCCUGGUGCUGGCUCUUUGGGAUGCAGUGAUGGGGCCACUGUGGAGGAUGACGGAUGUGGUGGCCGCCUUCCUAGCACAUAUUUCCAGCAGUGCUGUGGCCAUGGCCAUCCUUCUCUGGACCCCCUGCCAGCUAGCCCUGGAGCUCCUUGCCUCAGCUGCCCGCCUCCUGGCCAGCUUUGUGCUCGUCAAUCUCACUGGCCUGGUGCUGCUGGCUUGCAUGCUGGCAGUGACGGUGACUGUGUUGCACCCCGACCUCAUCCUGAGGCUGGCUACCCAGGUACUCAGUCAGCUCCAUGCCUGGCCAUCCUACCAUCGGCUCCGUGAGGAUGUUGUGCGGCUCUCUCGCCUAGUACUGGGCCUGGAGGCCUGGCGUCGAGUCUGGAGCCGCAGCCUGCAGCUGGCAAGCUGGCCAAACCGAGGAGGGGCACCUGGGGCCCCUCAAGGUGGCCCUAGGAGGGUGCCCUCAGCCAGGACCUGGCGCCAGGACCCUCUUCCUGAAGCAGGGCCCAGAUCUGAGGCUGAAGAGGAGUUGGUCAGGUUGGCCAGAGCGACAACUGCCCGGGGCCGGGAGAGGCUCAAUGAGGAGGAGCCUGUAGCUGGGCAAGACCCGUGGAAGUUGCUGAAGGAGCAAGAGGAGCGGAAGAAAUGUGUCAUCUGCCAGGACCAGAGCAAGACGGUGCUGCUUCUGCCCUGUCGACACCUGUGCCUGUGCCAGGCCUGCACGGAAAUCCUGAUGCGCCACCCCAUCUACCACCGCAACUGCCCGCUCUGCCGCCGGGGCAUUCUGCAGACCCUCAACGUCUACCUCUGAAGACCCCCUCCCUGCCUGUCCAUCGUCCAUGCUCCAUGCAGCCACCUGUACCAGGACAGCAUUAACACCUGACCUCUGGUUUCUGGCCUGAAUCCCUUCCUGCCCCCAUAGCUGCCAUGCCAAGCCUCCAAGCCAUAGAUCCAGGACAUUGAGGUGGGAUAUUCUGGAAGAGUGACGGGUGGGGGCAGGGCAACAGCUUUUCCUAACCCAGUGGGUCCUGUGAUGAGUGUCCCACUGUGUAAGGCCCUGAGACUGUUCACUGUGGACCCCCGUCCAGCCUGCCAGGGCCCACCCAAAUGCCAGCUUCCAGGGCUCGCUCUCUGCUUUGGGUUUUUCUGUUGGGGGUUUGCAAGUCUUCUCCCUGCUCCCUCCCCACUUCUUCCCCAGCUUCUGCAGCCACAACACAUUAGUGUUACUUGGGUGUUUUAGCAGCUUGGGCCUUAGAAUUAUCUGGAACCUUUGCUUUCAGCCCAAGCGCCUGUGCUGGUAGGCUUUGGGGGUGGUAUCAUUCAGGUGCCCUAAAGCUGCCACUUUUACCUGUCAUGAUCUUAGGAGGCUCUCUCCCAGCCUGCUCCGACAGCUGGCCUACGAGGGUCUGCCUCUGGGCAGGUGGGGCGGGGUGCCCCUAGCUUUGGGACCAUGUAGCCUCUGGCACACCAGCUCCCCUGGGAGCCUCAGGAGGGAUCACCAGACUUCUACCCAUAACCCUUUCGCUCCCCACAGCAGAGAAAUGACAUUCCCCUUCUGUUUGUCUCCCCUGGCCUUGGGGAAGGCAGACGGCACAUUUCACUAGGGACCAGAUACACAAGGGGCCAGCGUCUAGGGGCAUGCAGCUCCCUGAGGGGUCUGUCUGGCCCAGUUUCCAGUAAAUAAAGUUCCGUCAACAGCA